CGUCGUUGAAGGAGGCAAGCAGAGGGGGAGGCAGAGCAUCGAUGCGAGUCGGGUCCGGCUAAGAAAAUGGCAGUGUCGUCGCCUGCCGGCUGCUCAUGGCGUCGGGCCGCCUCCUGCUGGUGCAGCAGCAGCAGGACAAGGCCGCCGCGAAAGGCUCCCGCGCUGAAUGGUCGGCGGGCGGCGUCCAAUGCUGCGGGUGCCUCUGCCGCGUGGAAGACGCACAUUGAUCAAGGAGACGGCGCGGAAGAAGCGCAGCCCAUACCCGCUUACCAACCAUGGCAGCUGCGCAAGCCGGCAGCCGGGGACAGUCGUGCCCCGUCCUCGCGCCGGGCGCGGCGUCGGCCCAUCUUCCAGGUCAAUGAAGAACUGGCACGCUUGCCGCUGCAUCAACUCUACACCGGGGGUCUUACUGCCCUCUUCGCUCCUGCAGCCGCAGCCGCAGCCGCGUCGCAGGAAGCGCUGCUCACCGAUAUCGAGGGCUUAUAUGCGUAUCUGCCGCAAGCGCACCGCUCGGCAGACACAGCAUCGCUAGCAUUCCCGCCAGUGGCAGCGCUGCGAGCAGAGCUGCAGGCGCGCAAUAUACCCGCAGGGAACUUUCUCGCCUGGUGCUACGCCCUGCACGCACGCUCCCUCGCCGAGCUGCGCGCGUGCAUGCAGUCGCAGGAGCCCGCUUCCCCGCCGAGCUGGCCCACCUUCCUGCUGCACCAGGCCGUGCAGCUGGCCCGCACGAAGACAGAGGCAGCAGAAGCGGUGCAGCUCAUCGGAGAUAGUCUUAAUGAAAGUUCUUCCAGGGGCGCUAUGACAAUCCUGAGCGCUGCCAGCGAGCGCUUCCUGCUCGACCGGCGCUUGUAUAGCGUCGCGCAGCCUCUGACCCGUGUCGUUCUCCGCUUUGCCCAGCGCUCCAUCGAAGCAGAGGCCGCUGGCAUCUACUUCACGUCCUCCACGUGCAACUCCAAGGCCAAUGCCAACACGAGCAGCAGCACUGGAUGUGGCGACGGCGAGAAGUCCACACCCACGCCUGUGCCCUCAUCGCCCGUGAAGUACGCCCGCCAGGCACUGUACAAGCACAUGAAGACGCUCGAAAAGAUGCGUGCGGCGGACGAGCGAUGUCGCGCCGCGCUGGGGGCCGUGCGUGCGUUCGUCGAACAGCAUGCCGCCUUUGCCAAGCUGCGCCUGCGCAGGGAGGCGCGCGCCGCGCGCUCAAUCGUCGACGCACUCACAGACGCUGCUGCGAGCGCCGCACAAGGCACGAACACACGCGCGAAUCCGAGUGCCGAAGAGACCCUCGCAGCAGCGAGCACGACCAGCGUGCUCAUCGCGGCGCACAGGCUCCUGGAAUCACGGCAGCGGGCCGGUGCGCAAUUGCCUUCUCCCACAUCGAUGCAUGCAUCGGCAUCGGCAGCAGCAGCAGUGCAUGCUGUGACGAAAGCGAUGGAGCACCUCCUCAAGCACGGCGACCACGAGGCCGUUGUCGAGCUGUGGCGCACAUUGAUGCACAGGAGGAUCCAACCAAAUUCCAGCACGCUUUCCGCCGUUGUAUGUGCACUGAUCCACCUCGGUCAUCCCGCGAAGGCGGUCGAGCAGCUCGAGAGCUGGCUUGCGCCUGCGGCUACAUCCUCUUCUGGCGAGGCUGCUGACGACAAUGCGGGUGCGCUGGAGCUGCAAUCGCACCAGGCGUGGGUUCAGGCGGCGGAAAAUGGAAAAGAGAAAGCACUGCCAUCACCGCGUCCGAUUGUCGGAACGUCGCUCAUGCUCGCAGAGACGCUGCAAGCGCUUGUGCAGCAGGACAAUGAUCCCGUCAUUUUCCCGUGCCUCCAGUUACUCCUCCUGGAGCGCGGUGUGCAGCCCGACAACCGAUGCGUUGACAUCAUCCUUCGCGCCGCCAAGCAUGCCUCACCGCUUCCGCGCUACGACGGCGAUGGCAACAUGCAGCAGCAGCAUUACCACGGUGCCGCCAACGCGACAGCAACAACAUGGAACGACGAGCUACCCGCGCUCGUCGCGCGCGACGCGUUCCUCGCGUGCAUCUCUGCACAGUAUCCCGAGCUGAUUGCCGCGCGCAACCCGCUCGAAGAGGCCGUGGCGCGCGCACAGAGUGGCUGGCUCAUCAAAAGCGAAAUGUCCAUGCGUAAGCUCGAAAACUGGGUCGCAUCACGCUUCCAUCUGCACGCGCACGCAGGCUCUGGGUCGCACACGACGGCCGCCGCUGCAUGGAUUGAGCGCUGGAGGCACAUCGGCGCCACGCGCAGCGUCAUCUUCGAAUCGCGCCUGCUACAGACGUACAUGUUGCUCCUGCACCGCCUGCGCCUCCUGCAGCUUGCGGGGGAUGUCGAUGGCGCGCUGCCAAUCGGUGACGAGAUCCUGCGCGUGCUCGCGUGGCACCGCGCGCUGCAUCUCGUGCCGAGCCACAUGUCCGUUUGCCUCGCGUGUAUGGAGGUCGUCCGCUCAGUCCCACCCGCGUCGCUCGCACGGUGGGGAGGAGCGGUCGGGGGACGCGCGCGCGACGGCUUGGAAAGCGCCGCGGGCCCGCUGCAUGCCUGGCUCGCUGACUGGCUCGGCGAAGAGGCAGUACCGAAGGAGGAGGAAGUAGCGCAGGUGUGGGUGAUGACAUCUCGCCCGCAACGAAUUCGAGAGUGAUCCUCCGGCAUGACCAUAUGCAGUGGAAAGGCAACCCUUGCUCCACAGGUGUACUUUCAUUUCUGUGAUGCAUGUUCUG